UUAAAAAAUAAAAAUCAUUCUUCACAAAGUGACAAAUCUGAACUUCAAUUCAUAUUUUUUUGGGGUUUCAGUUCUUACGGAUUUGGCCCGUAUGCAGUUGGGUGCGUAUGUAAAACUGUAUCCAACUAUAUAUAAACAGCAUCUUGUAUCUUCUUCUCUGCGUUUGGUAAUUACAGUUGGAGCAAGAGAGCAAUGUUAUCUGGGCCGUCUCGCAUGACCCACCAUUUACAACACUGUAAUCACUUUGGUCUUGGCUUUGGAUUUAUAUAUACUACUAAUACUAAUAAGCUCCAUUUGAAACUACCCUUUAGCUCUAUUUCUGAGAAGAAGAAGAAGUUGAAUGAAUUUUCUUCAUCAAAUCUUGAUUCUAAAGCACCCCUUGUUGCUGAUUGCAUCAAACCUAAUUCCCCAUUUGCGCAAACUCCCAUUCUUUCUCAUUCUUUAAGUGAACAGGAGGAUGACAGCGAGCCUCCAUCUGAACGACUGUCAGAAGUGGAAGGAGGUAUGGUAGCUCUGGGAAAAUUUGAAGCUCUUCACGUUGGUCAUCGAGAACUUGCAAUACAAGCAGCAAAGGUCGGAGUUCCAUUUCUUCUAUCAUUUGUUGGAAUGGCUGAAGUUUUAGGUUGGGAGCCUAGGGCUCCAAUAGUUGCCAAAUGUGAUCGUAAGCGGAUCCUUUCUUCAUGGGCUCCAUACUGUGGUGAUGUCACCCCCACUGAGUUUGAGCUUGAUUUUUCAAAAGUUCGAUCUCUGACACCUCGUCAGUUUGUUGAAAAGUUAUCAAAGAAACUCGGAGUAUGUGGAGUUGUUGCAGGAAAAAACUACAGAUUUGGUUACAGAGCUUCUGGUGAUGCAUCAGAUCUGGUGAAAUUGUGCGAGGAGUAUGGCAUGGAAGCUUACAUAAUAAACUCUGUCAUGGACAAAAAACAAGAUUCUAGAGCCAUAAGUCUUGAUAAUCCAAAGGAGCAAGGACAAGUUUCAUCUACCCGGGUACGUCAUGCUCUUGACAUGGGAGAUAUGAAAUAUGUCUCAGAGUUAUUGGGUCGAAAACAUCGUCUUAUGUUGAUGUGGAAUGCUGGGGAAAAGUUUACUAGGGAAAAUAAUAGGAUAUCAGCUUCAAAGUCUUGCUUGUUAAAUCUCCCACCAAAAGAGGGUCUGUAUGAGAACUGCUCAGUUGUGAUUGGUGACGAGAACUCUGUACCAUGCAGAGUAAAUAUUGAUACUACACAUAUUUAUUUGGAGUUGGAUGACAUAGAAACAUGUAUUCAUAUAUUAUCUCAAGGCUUUCGGUUCUUGGGUAUAGACUUUGUUGGCUAAAGUUUGUGAUUUCUUAAGUAUUUUUCCCUUUCAAUUUUGUUCACUAAAUUCUAUGCUAUAUUUGCAAA